AUGAGUGAUAGCGAGAACGAAGUUCUGGCUAGCUAUAGAAGAAAAGGAGUGAAAACAUCAUCUCAAGAAGCUACCAACAUGCCAGCUAGGCCAGCUGCAAAUGCUGUAGCCACUCAGGCAGAUCUUGCUGGGGUAUGUCAGGUGGUGGCACAGCUUCUUCAGCAGCAGCAGCAGACGCAGCUCUCUUGCCAACCGGUAUCGUUCACCGAUACCUAUUAUGAGAAAUUUCGGAGGCUGCACCCUCCAAUGUUUGAGGGAGGUGCUGAUUACUUGGCUGCGGAGGCCUGGAUUCGGGAGAUAGAGGAGAUGUAUGAUGCCCUACAAUUUCUCGAGGAGGUCAAGGUCAAAUUGGCGGUUCCAAUGCUCAGAGGAAACGCUAAGUUCUGGUGGAUAGCUAUGAAGGCUGCUGUUCAAGAAAAUGGUGAACAACUGACAUGGAAGGAAUUUAAAGGUAAAUUCUACAACCAGUACUUUCCUCAGUCAGUAAGAUUGGUGAAGCAGAAUGAAUUCUUGGCCCUGAAACAGACCGAGAAUAUGACAGUAUUGGAAUAUGCUAGCAAAUUUAAUGAGUUGGGCAGGUUUUGUCCUCAGUUCAUGGAGGAAGAGAUAAGUAAAGCUAAUAGGUUUGAACAAGGCUUGAGAUAUAGGAUCAGGUCCAGGUUGGCUGUUCUGCUUUUCACUAGUUACCGGGAUGUAUUGGAAAGGGCUCUAAAAUUGGAAGCCGAAUUGAAGAGAUCAGAAAAAGAAAAAAGUGACCAGAAAGAGACCCAAGAUGACAGAAAGUCUGAGUGA